AUGGCUUUCAUAAUACCUAAUGUAUGUAAAUGUUUAUGCCUGAGGAAUCGAGCCGGCCUUAACCUUGUACAAACUGCGUCAUAUCAUGCCAAUGUGAUUGACCACUACGAAAAUCCUCGUAAUGUUGGCUCUUUAGACAAAAAGGAUGCUAAUGUCGGUACAGGGUUGGUUGGGGCACCUGCUUGCGGUGAUGUUAUGAAGUUGCAAAUUAAAGUUGAUGAAAACGGGAAAAUAAUUGACGCGAAGUUCAAGACAUUUGGUUGCGGGUCUGCUAUUGCUUCCAGCUCCCUUGCUACAGAGUGGGUCAAGGGCAAAACAGUUGAUGAAGCAUUGAAACUGAAGAACACUGAUAUUGCUAAGGAAUUGUCCUUGCCUCCGGUCAAACUGCAUUGUUCUAUGUUAGCUGAAGAUGCUAUCAAAGCCGCACUUUCAGACUACCGAAUCAAGCAGCAAGGAAAGAAGUAA